CCGGCUGCUAGCGCGGGACGCAGACCGGCGACCGGUCCCGUCCGCGAAACGACCAGUAAGGCGGCGGCCGGUCCAUCCUGUCCCAAGACGAGCGCCGAUAAGCCGCCGACCGAUCCACCCUGCAGGACCGCUGCAGGCGUCGCUGAUAGGAAGCCGGCAGCUGGCGCGAGGUCUUCGGCGCCGUCGCCGCCGUCGAGAGCCGCCACGGUCAAGGCCGCUGGGGCACCUGUCGCUGCCGUGGGCGUGGCCCCUAAGGGUCCGAUGCCGAGCCCGCCCCGCAAGAGGUCCCGCGUGCAGACGCCCUCGCCCGUUCCUCAGGUGGUGACCAGUACGCCAUCAUCUAGCUCUGCCAGGGAAAGGAAACGGGUGAUCGCGAGUCUGACGCGAGGUGGUGUCCAGCCAGUGCGCAGCAAGCCGGCUGGCGGCAGUCAGGACACCGCGAAGAAGCAGAAGCAGCAGCAGCAGCCGCCGCCUCGGCGGCACCAGCUGGUCCCGGCGUCUCCCGCCGUCCCAGUGCGGAACCUACGCCCGAGGGAUCUGCCGCCUAAUACAAGGAAGAAGCCGCCAGUUCCUACCGCCGUCGCCUCCAGGAACAACCUCCGCGGCCGCACGCCCACGCCCAGACACGCGGCGUCUUCGGCCGGGGGCGGCGCGGGCGGCGGCGCCGGGCCCAAGGGCGGCGCAGCGGCCGAGCCCUCGGGGCCCAGCAUGGUGGACGUCGAGGGUGGCUCUCUGGCCCUGCAGCAGCAGCAGCAGCAACAACAACAACAGCAGCAACAGCUACAACAACAGCAGCAGCAGCUGGCCGCGCAGUACCAACAGGUGGUCAGCGAGAAGGCGCGCUUGGAGGCGCGCCUCGCGGUUCUGCUCGACGCCGAGCACGAGGUCCAUACUCUCAGGGAGAGGCUCCAGGAACAGCAUUCCACAAUGGAGCAGUUGAGAGCAGAAAACGUGUCCUUGCAAGCAAAGCUCCUGAGUGUUGCACACUCACCUCUCUCAGACUCUGAGAAGCAACAGCUACUCCUUGGAGCUCGACAGCAUAGUUCUGCACCUGCAUCUAUGGUUGCCAGUGACCUACAACUACCAGUGGAGGAUACAGCAGAUACAACAAUACCUGAAACAUCCAUUCCAUCAUGGGACAGGCAGUCAGCUUCCAGUGCCAGCCAACUGUCUGUUGCAUGUUUACAGGAUCGUAUCCAGCAAAUGGAAGAGACUCACUAUAGCACCAAUGAAGAGCUGCAGGCAACUCUUCAGGAGCUUUCUGACUUGCAAUCUCAGCUUCAGGAGCUGCAGGCUGAGAAUGAACGUCUGGUUGAAGAUAAGCACAUUCUUGUGGAAUAUCUGUGCCAGCAGUCAGAAAAGUUGGAAGACAGCCGGAGUCAAGCUGAAGCUUUGCAGGGAAUGCUGCUGCGGGGUGGGCCCGGUGAAGUUGUCCAUGAUGACAGAUUAUUAGACCUCCUCAAAAUUGCCCAGGAGAAACGAGAUUGCCUCUUAGUUAAACAGCAGGAAUUAACUACUCAAGUGGCAGAGCUACGCCAAGCUACCAAUGUUGCCCAGGAGGAGGCAGCUCAGUCACGAGAGUCAGCGCGUAAGCUAGAGGCAACAUUAGAGGCCGUGCAAGCAGAACGGCACACAUUGGAGCGCGAAUUAGCAGAGGUUCGACAGGAAAGCUCAUCACGUCUCAUUGAAUUGCAGAGACUCACCACACUGUUAGAAAAUGCACGAGCGAAGAUUGAGGAGUUAGAGACAGCUCGUGAGUUGGAAGACAAAUCUGAUGUUGAAGAAAUGUUGGACAAUGUCAGGAAAGAGAAGGAUACACUAGAGAGCCAAGUAGCGACAAUGCAGGAACAAGUGUUACGUGGCCAGUGUGAAAUCACUAGGUUGGAGGAACAAUUGAUGCACUUGCAGGAGGAGUGCAAGGUAACUCGUAAUAAUGCAAAGUCAGCACUUUCUGAUUUGGAAUACAAAUUUGAAAGUCUUAAACAAGAAAAACAACAACUGUCAACAGAAGUGCAGGUCUUGCAGAAAUCUCUUUCUGAUAUUAAGAUGCAAUGUCAGUGCUACCUAGAUGAUAAAGAGCAACUACAGGCAGUUUUAGCAGACUGUCAAAAGCACUUGAGUGAAGCUGAACAAAAGUUGACUGAACAGGAAAAGAGUCUUGAAGAAGAAAGGAGGUUACGGCAGCAAGAGAGUGAAGAAUGGCAGCAGUUUCAGACUGAUCUCUUAACAACAGUUAGAGUUGCGAAUGACUUUAAGACUGAAGCAAGUGAGGAGCUGAAGAAGCUGUUGGUGGAAAACAAAAACUUGAGGGAUAAGGUGCGAAACAUAGAAGCACAGCUGGAGAAGUACAAAGGUGAAUGCAAUACCUUAGAAGAGAAAGUAAUUGAUCGGGAAUUGCUGCUGAGAAAACUGUCUGGCGAAGAUGUCACAGAUGGGUCUCGAAGGGCAAAAUUGCAAAGAGGAAGGCCACUAGUUUCUCAACGUCCAUAUAAAAUUAAAGAAAGAGCUGAAAGCUUACCAGAUUUAAUGAUAGUCCAUGACAUGUCUCAUGGAGCACACACCUUCCCUGAUGUUUCAACAGCAGGUCAGUCAGAUGUCGCACCAAGAGAGAGUCAGGAGUUAGAAGAAAACAGUGCCGAUUGUUUUAAUGAGGUGCAAAAUAAACUUGUGACAACAAACAACAAUAAAGAUUAUCUGCGGUUGUAUUACGAUAAAAUGCCUGAUAUUAAUGAAGGCGAGGUGGAAAACAUUGCAGAUUCUGAAAAUAAGCGCACUACGCAAUUAAAUUCUGUGAAUACUACAGCUAUAGCUGAAACAUGUAACAAAAAGUUGGUGAACUUUCACAAUCGAGCCAGACUGUCAGACAUAAUUGUUUAUAGGCCUGUGGAAAUGAUGAAUAGAGGUGAAAAUAAGUAUAUUGAACAAACUCAGAAAAACAAAAUUUUGGUGCCGACUUCAGAUCAAAAUGAAAAUUGGAAGGAUCAUCUGGAUGGUUUCUCAGGGCUUUUCAGUAACAAAACACCACACACAUUAUAUGAAAAUGGGAAAGCCUUACUCCAAGAGAGUGAGGCACCUUCUCAAUUAUCAGGAAGUGGAAAUGGAAAUUUAUGUGGCAAUUGUAGUCCAGCUGAAGCAGAAGAUCUGUCUGGCACUAUCUGCUGCUCUUGUUGGGAUUUGCAGAGUGAACAGGAAAAUAACCAGAAAGGAAAGUCUGUACACUCAUGCAUGGAAAAACACUGUGAUAAAAAUGCAACUUUAGUAGACAAAAAUGAGAAAAUAACAUUCAAGCUUAAAAAAAUAUUUCCAUCUUCAAAUAAGAAACAAAACCUGGAAACCUUGCACAAAGUGAAACCUGAAACGAGAAAUGUUAAUCAUAGGAAGCAGAAUUUGUCCCCACGUGUGACAAAAAAAAGGAUUAAGUUUCCUGACAAUGACACUUCAAGAUUUAAAAACAUAAUUCAUAAAGCGUUUGCAUGUCCAGACAACAAAGAGAGAGCCACUGUGGCAUCCAAUGCAUCUGAUAGUGAUUGUUGCUCAGUAGACUCAUUCACAGUAUCAUCUACAGAUAAACUGUCUCAUCGCUCCAUAGGAAACAGACAUACUUUGGAUCUUGCAGAUAUUGAUACUAACAAUGAAACUCAGAUUUUUGAUAUACACUGGAGAUUCUCAGAUGUGAAAGCAAGUGACUCGUUCCUCUCAAAAAUAGCCAAGUUUGAAAGUUUACAGAGACCUACUGCAUCACUUUGCGACUUGCCACAAAUGGGAGUUGUGUUAAGGGCCAAAGACAGCAGUAAACCACAGAGUCCAACACAGCGAUGGUCCAGCCCAAGCAGUUCUCUCGUAUGUUCAGCCACGCCAAAACCACCGACUUCAGCUACACUGGGAAUUAGAGUGCCUACUUCAGCCAUGCAAGAAACUGGCUGUCCAACAUCUACUGUGACAAAUAGUGUUCCACAGGAGAUAACAUUGAGAGGCAGGGAAAUUGGAGUUUCCCGACAAGAUAGCCAGAUUUCUGUCAAAUCUCUGAUAGAGAGCAUCGAGAACGCAACCAAACAGGCAAAAGGUGGUCCACGAAGCCGAAGUAGUUCGACAUCCAGUCUAAGCAGCAUAACAAGUGAAGUGAGGACUGCAACAUCGACAGGCAAUCCAAGUAUGCCACAGACACCAAACUUCACUCGUAGGCAUAAUUCUGAAACAGAUGCUGUCUUUUCUGUGAAGACGCCUCUUCGGGACCAACAACAGAGCAAUAACCAAACUGUUGGAAACAAUACAAACAAUAUGAAGGCUUCACAGAAUAGGAGAAAUCUAAUCACUGACAACACAAACAGCAAAGCAAAUCUCUACAAUGACAGCUUAAAGAAUAACAAACCCUUGGGAGAUGUGGUACAAGCUAAUCCAGUGUCAAUCCUGGCCAACAAAACAAUGGAUUUUGUGAGGAAAAACAGUUGCAGUGACUUAAGUGAAAGAAAAGAUCCUCUUUCAGCAUUAACAAAAAAUGGUGGCUCGAAGCGCAACGCUCUCCUGAAGUGGUGCCAGAAUAAGACAGUUGGCUAUAAAAACAUUGACAUCACAAAUUUUAGCAGUUCAUGGAAUGAUGGGCUAGCAUUUUGUGCUAUCCUUCAUUCAUACUUACCGGAUAAGGUGCCUUACGACACAUUGAAUCCAAGUGAAAAAAGGAGAAAUUUUUGUAUAGCAUUCGCAGCAGCUGAAUCUGUUGGCAUUCCUACAACAUUGAAUCUGUCCGAAAUGAUUCAGCUGGAACGACCAGACUGGCAGCAAAUAAUGGCAUAUGUUACUGCCAUUUAUAAGCAUUUUGAGACGUGAAAUUAACUGAAAUGCAUCUUUUUAUUGUUGUUCAGUGUUCUACAAAAGGAGAUGUUUUAAUUCAUGAUUUUAUAUAUGAAGGCUUAAGAAGCAUAUGUUCUGUUUUUGUCUGUUGUAUUAAUGAAUGUUUUGGACAAAUUGAGAGGUGUGACAUUAUCUGGUUUGAAUGAGGUGUUUCAGAAAUUUGCUUCUUGUGAAAUAUUGAGAGAACAGAGUGACUAGUGACUAUUAAUUGAUGCUAAUGUAUUGUCCAAAGGUAACAAACAAGUAAUUAUUCACAUUCCAACUGAUUAAUGCAGCUCAGAACAGUAUCUUUAUAUGUCAAAUGCCUUCCCCCUCCCCAGAAAUAAGGGAGCUCUGGGCUUGAACUUGGAUGUACAGAAGUGAGAUUAUUUCUCCUGUAGUGCUCCAUAAUUAAUGAAACUACUCUCUGAUGAUAGUGAACAAGUAGCUUAAAAAGCAGCAGUUAAGACAUUCUUAGUAGAUCUGUUCUAUUUGGUGAGUCUUAUUAGAGAACACUCAGCAUCACUGUUUUACUUAGUUUAUUUAUUGUGUACAUUGGAUGAGUGCAGCUGCUGAUUGAAAUAGAUACAAUAUAUUUUUAAGAACUGACUGUGUGUGUGUGUGUGUGUGUGUGUGUGUGUGUGUGUGUGUGUGAAAACCAGUGAGGUUUUAGUAAUAGUAGCAUAAUAUGACAGUAGAAUCUUCAUACAUUCAAAAGCAGCUAUAUUUAUAUUAUCUAGUCAUAAAAUUACUGCAUUUUAUAAAUGACGUAUAUUAUUGAUGUCAUUUUAACAGCAAGUGGUUUUUAAACUGUUUCCAUAGAUAUGUAUGUAAAUAAUGUAUUGUUGGAUGUAUUGAUUUAAGGAAAUGAACUGAUAAGAACUAUUCAAAGAACUGGGAAUUCUGUAAAUUUUCAGAAAGGCAAUAACAUAGGUGAAAAUGAUAUUAAAUCUGCUUCUGUGAGUAACAUCAUUUUUAUUACUGAAGUGGAAUAUUAUAUCAUUCUAAAACUGUUCCAUAUUUGUGUGUGCAUCAGAUUGGUGGCAACUUAUCAGCCAUUCUCUCAGAGCAUUUUGUACAUUUUGUAGUGAUUUGUAAGUGAUGUACAAUGAAUGACUGAUCAGUGUUCGGUUGAUCAUCUGUCUCAUUCAUGUAAUUUUUAUAUAUGAAAAAUUAUUUUGAAGGACUAUCUUGUAAAGUAUCAGAACUUCAUUUGUUUAUCUUGAGGGCUAGAAGGAGUUUAUGUAACAUGCUUCCAUUUAUCUGUGGACAUACAUUGUUCACUUUGAUAAGAAGGAAACCAUUGCAGUAGUGUACUAACUGAGAAAUUAUUCUCCACUCUGCGUUGUUUUGCAGUUUCUUUGAGUUUCAUAAUAGGCAUUAACGUAUGUUGAAAAUGCUGUUCAAUACUGUACACUUUAUUUACUUCUGCUUGUAGGUAGUUUCUGCACAUUUUGUGGCUUUUCAGUGAAUGGAGCUUAAGCAAUAAUAUGUACAAGCAGUGCUUUAAUAUGCUACAGGUUGUAUAUGAUAGGUGGAAGCAGCUUGCUCUUCUAAAACUGCCUGCAGUAUUUCUUUUAUUCCAGAGCUAAACAGAUUUUUUUUCCUGUUUGUAAUGCUGCCUUGGAUCUUUCAUAAUCCAAUCUAAAGGAGCUGAUAACUGCUCCCUUGCCCUCAAGAAUGCCCGAGAUGGAUCACAUAUGGAAAAUGAAAAGGUUUAAAUAUGUUUUAGCUGUUCGAUUUUCAAAGAUUUGUUGCGAGUUCCUAAACUACAGAAAGAUAUUUUAUAGUAGUCUGUUUGUAAUACAUGUAUUAAAUUGUAAAUAUACUUGUUAGUCAUAUGUAUUAUGCACAAAUAAACAUAUGCUGUAACAGUCA